AUGACCGAGGAAACCUUGCAGUUUGCGCCGAUUCUCCAUACACAGAGACUCACCCUCACCCUCAUCGACUUCAGCAAGCCCUCCGACGAGCAAACCUUCAUCACAAUGCUCAAAACCAUGGUUGGCGACCUCCUCGACCUCACGGACCAAGAAGCCACGCAAAACGCCCAAGCCUCCCUGGCCUUCUACCGCUCCCGCGGCCGCAUCCAGCCCGCCAUCCUCCGCGGCCGCAAGACCGACCAGCCCGCCAUCUGGCUCGUCCGCCUCGGCGGCGGCGGCGCAGACUCCUCCUCCUCCUCCUCGGGCCCGCAGCAGCACGACGGCCAAUGCAUCGGCGUCGUCUACGUCGUCCAGCGGAGCCUCAUGCCCGACCAGUCCUGGAUCCUGCUCCCCGAGCACCGCGGCAGGGGCUACGCCACCGAGGCCGCCGCGGAGGUCCUGCGCUACUUCCGCGACGACCUGGGCGUCCGCGACAUGAUGGCCAUUGUGCACCCGGACAGCCCCAAGAGCCCGCGCGUGGCCGGCCGGCUGGGCUACGUGCCCGUCGAGGGCGGCGUCAUGUACGAGGACGGCGUGACGAGGCUGCUGCUG